AUGUAUGAAAUACAAAUAUUAAUCAAUGCCUUUAUGAUGUCAUUGUGUAUAUGGUUUUCUGGUUUUAUAUUUGUAAUUUUAAAAUACAGUACACUAGCCUACAAUUUAGAUGUUGAUAAUGCUAAAGUGUUUAGUGUUCCUAUAAUUUUGAAUAAUCAACGGGGAAGUUAUUUUGGGUAUUCUGUUGCCCUUUAUACAAGUGGAGAAAAUUCCAUAUUACUUGUAGGUGCUCCUAGAGCAAAUACAAGUGCAGUGCAAGGUGUAAUUGAACCAGGUACUGUAUAUCAAUGUCCAGUUAAUGACACAUGUAAAGAAUGGAUUAUUGAUAAAACUGGAAAUGGUUGGUACAAACAAUAUUCAGACAUAUAUCAAAUUAAGGAUAAUGCAUGGAUUGGUGCAACAAUUGCUCUAGAAAAUAAAACCAAUCCUAGAAUUGUGAUUUGUGGUCCACGAUGGAAGAAUAAUGUGAUAAAUAGAAAUAAACCUAACUGGUACAUGAAUGGCAUUUGUUAUUGGUCAUUAGUCAACAAUAUUUCAUCUUUUGAAAAAGAAAUUGAAAAUCAAAUUUUACCACUUUCAAACCUUGGAAAAGCUGUUCAUUUUACAAAUGAAAUGUAUAUUUAUAAUUAUGGAAUGGGGCAAGCAGGCUUUUCUGUGCAUAUGACAUCUGAUGAAUUAAAAUCAAACCUAAUAUUAGGUAGUCCUGGCAUAUUUAAUUGGAAAGGCACACCUUUAUUAGUUACAAAACCAAUUUAUGGUCAAAUGCAAACUAUAAUUCCCUCCAUUGGAAAUGAAGGAAGUAUUCACUCAAAUGAUUAUUUUGGCUAUGCAGUAACAUCUGGUUAUUUUACAAAAGGGGAAUUGUGGUUUGCUUCUAGUGCUCCAAGAGCUUCAAAUUUGUAUGGAAAUGUAAUUAUGUUUACUUUUUCGAAUAACAGUACUACUAAAUUGAUACUGAAAAAGUUUUUAAGGGGUGAACAGCAUGGUGAAUACUUUGGCGCUGCUUUAGCAUCAUGUAAUCUUAAUGGUGGUGAUAAAGAUGAAUUAAUUGUUGGAGCACCGCUUUGGUCAAACAAUAUGGACGAAGGUCGCAUAUAUGUCUUUAUUGCCUUGUAUGAUGAAAUUUUUGAGAAACGAUCAUUUGAAGGGAAGGUACCUGGAAGUAAAUUUGGUUCUGCCAUAACUUGUUUGGGAGAUAUUGAUUAUGAUAGCUAUGAUGAUAUUGCUGUUGGUGCACCCUAUGAAGAAGAAACUGGUGCAAUAUAUAUUUUUAAUGGCAAUAGUAAUGGAUUACUUAAACAUUAUAGUCAAAAAAUAAUUGGCAAACAAUUUGGAAAUAAUAUCCGUGGAUUUGGAAUAUCAAUUGCGGAACCUCGUGAUAUAAAUCACGAUAAAUAUCCUGACAUUGCUGUUGGAUCUUUUUUAUCUGAACAAACAAUUUUAAUAAAAUCUAAGCCUGUUGUUAGAGUAACACUAAAAUUAUUUUAUAAUGAAAGUAACAAAAUAUUAAUAAAUUCUACUAUUUUUCUUAUUAAUGUGUGUGCAUUUUAUGAUGGAAUACAUGUUCCUAAAUAUCUUCGAGUUGUUAAAUCUGUAAAAAUAGAUGAAACAUAUAGAAGAGCUUAUUAUGGUGAAGAAAAAAAUAAUGAUCAUAAAUUUCAUGAUACUUUAUAUAAACUUAAAAAUUCAUGCAAUGAACUGAAAAUACAUUUAAAGGAAAAUAUCCAAAAUAUUAUAGAUCCCAUUGAAAUAUCUGCAUCAAUUGCUUUGGAAGAAGAUUUAAAUAUAAAUGAUCAAAAAAUGAAACCAAAUCUUUUCUGUACAUCUUGCGCAGUCAUAAAUCAAUUUCAUUCUAAAACUGAAGAUUUAAUAAAGUUGCCAUUUGCUACAGACUGUGGGGAAGAUGAUAUUUGUACACCAGAUGUUAAAAUAUUACUUUCAACAAAUUUAAAGGCUGAUAACAGGUACAUCAUUGGUUCAACAUUUGCUACUAAAUUUAUACUAGAUGUUUUUAAUUAUGGUGAACCUGCAUAUCAAGCCAAAAUAAACAUAUACAUACCAGAAAUAUUAUCAUUAGCAAGUGUACCACCUGCAUGUAUGGAAAACAUUUUCAUAAAUAAUACUUUAGAAGUGAUAUGUGAUCUUGGAAAUCCACUUAGAGAAAAUAAAAAAUUAAUGUUAGAUUUGGAUAUGAGUAAAGUUCGGUUUGAUAUUGAUCAUGUAAAACUAUGGACCAAUUUUAGUACACAAAGUGAAGAAAAUAAUUCAUUCUACAACACACAAGUUUUAACUAUAUAUUUUGAUACUGAUGUUGAUAUAGCAAUAGCAGGGAAAGCUCAAGAUGACCUAUAUUCAUAUUUUCUCGAAGAUAAAGAUGAAAACUUGAACAGUGUUCAAUUUCAACACAUUUAUGAAAUUCAAAAAUUUGGAGUUAGUCCAAUUAAUGAAGUUAUAUUAACAAUUAGUAUUCCAACAAUUUGGAAACAUUCUACAGGAGAUAUACAGAUUAUUAACAUAAAUCAUACAAUUAAUUAUAUGGAUGGUCAACAAUUUCAUUGCACAUACAAAAAGUUUACAAUGGAUGCCAAUGUUUCAACAAAUUUGCCACCUGAAAAUAGAUCAAUCUAUAUUAAUUGCACAAAUACUAAUGUAAAAUGUACAUAUAUUAAGUGCAAACUAGGUCCCUUCUUAAGUUCUUCAUCUGUUGCUAAACUUUCACUUAUAUUGGAUUUUUAUUUAUUCGAUUUUAAAUUAAAAAUGAUGGAAGGAAAAGAUAUUAUAUUUUUCCUAUCUAAUGGAAAUGUUAAUAUUGUAGAACCACAUAAUAUUACCCAAAAAAUUGAACAUAAACCUGAUAGUACCUCUGUUGCUACAAUGUUUCUGGGUUCACCAAUAACCGAACAAAUUGCAGCCUGGAUUGUAGUUUUAUCAAUUACUUCAGGAAUUUUAUUACUAAUACUGCUAAUACUAGCACUUAUUAAAAUUGGCUUCUUUAAUCGAAAAAAGAAGGAAGAACUUCGAGCAUUAAAAUCCGAAACAGAUAAAAAACUUAGUUUUAUAUUGGAAACAAGUUCAUCAACGGAAAUACUCAACCAAGAAUAG